AUGCUCUCAAAGGCAUGGAGCGACAGAACUUCAGAAAUCCAGAGAAGCCGAUUAGAACGAGUAACGCCACCACCCUUCACCGACGACGCUGGUGCUGCAAACCAGACGAAGGAACAACGGCCCCAAUCGGUGGUAUCCCACAGGAUGUGGCCAACCGACCACCACACAAGCUGUUCGGGGCGAAGCCGCAACACCCGACGCGGGAGGUGCUACCGCAGGACAGAAAACGUGCUGAAAAUGCAGCAAACCGCAACCUUCUACGGUUUCAACAAAUUCAGCCCGAAAGGUCAAGUGUUGACGUGCCACCAGGGGCCCAUUCCUCAGUGCAAGCGGUUCGCAGCAAAGCACAACAAAGCGAAAAGGGAAUUAAAGCACCCGGGUCUCGUCAUUUUCCCCCGUUUCUGCUUUGUUUUUCUAUUUCUUUUUGAUGCCGGGGGGCCGCGGAAAAAAAAAAGAAGCAGAAACCCGCCACGGGGGCGGCCGCGCAGCCCACCUUGA